AUAACAUUAUAACCUCCUCCUUCAUCAUUCACAAUUUCCUUACCUUUAAUCAACUCCACUACCUAAUCCUAUUACAAGCACCUCAGCUCAUUUUUUUCCUCUGUUGUAAAUUUUUGUUUAGUAUUCAUCAUGCUAGAAGGCAAGGCAGUGAUUGGUGAAACAGACAUGCUUCAAACUAUGCAGCAAAACGCGCUUGAUUUAGCAUCCAAAGCACUUGAUUUCUUCGAUGUCACUGAAGCCAUUGAGAUAGCCAGAUUUAUAAAGACGGAAUUUGAUAGGAUGCAUGGACCUGGUUGGCAAUGUAUUGUAGGAACUGAUUUUGGUUCAUUUGUGACACAUUGCUGUGGCUGCUUCAUCUAUUUCUGCAUAGGCAGCUUGGCCAUUUUGCUUUUUAGGGGCUCUGCUGAUCAAGAAGCAAAGGAAAAUCACUUCUCAGCAGCACUAGAGGCAGCCAGGGCAUAAUUUCAUCUCCUUUUUUCCUCUCCACAGUAAACUCCUCUGUUCUUUGUAUAAUUGUAUUUGUUCAUGUACUAAAUAGAAAGAAAUGGGAAGUUUAGAAUAAGGGGAAAAAAUUGGAAAUUGAAUAUUACUGGCUUUUGAGGAGUAGAAAUUAGAAAAUAUCAAAAUAGCUGAAGUAAUGAAUUUUCCA